UCCUUCCCUAACGCCGCCUGCAUCCCCCGCUCCCCCCCAACUCCUUUCUCCCCCCCGGCUCCAGUCCCGCCCCCUUUGGCUCCAGUCCAGAACCCUAGGAACGAAGCUUCCAGAACCCUGGGGAGGCGAGAGCCACUGCGAAGGCGGCGAGAUGAUUCUCCGCACGCCACCACAGCGGAAGCGCCGCGCGGACUCCGAAGCCGACGCCGAUGCUGACCUCGUCGCUGUCAUGUCCGGCGCCGGCGCGAGCGCGGCCGGGCGGAGUCCAGUUUCCGACCGCCGCUUGGUUCUCUACGACCGCCCCACCGCCCUCGUGCCCGCGGGCGCCCCCGGAGAGCCGUUUGAUGACAUGGUCUGCACGUACCACUGCCGCCAGAUGGUGAAAUCAGAGUUCAUGGUGGCAUUGGACACUGCAGAGAAGCAAGUUCAGGAGUAUCAAACAAAAAUUGGUGGUUUGGAGGAGCAAUUAUCCAAGAGUGAGGAUGAAAGGAUGCAGUUCCUUGAUAAACUGAACUACGUGGAGCAAGAACUGGCAGCAACAAAAGGGCGGGAGAGUGCAUUACAGGAACGGCUAGUGAAGGAGUUAGCUGACUAUCAGGAGAGGUAUCACAAUCAAGUAAAAAAAAUAAAUGAACUUGAGGUACAACUCAAUAAAGAGACUGAUUCUAGGAUAAGCGCAGAAUCAUCAGCAUCAUCGGCAAAGGAAUUGAUAAAAGAUUUGGAAGGGAAUUUGCAGCGAUCAUCUGAAAGUUCAGAAAGGGAGAAGAAAACCCUUAAGAAGGAACUUUCAUAUAUGAAAGAAGACCUAACCUUAUCUGCUUCGAAACUUAAUGCUGAGCUUGAGAAAACAAGACUCAAGGCAGAAAACUACGAGAGUGAAGCAAAGUUGUUAAAUGAGCAGUUGGUGGACUUGAAAAAGCAGCUUGACGAGUGUCUUCGUGAAAAGAAUGAAAUGGAGCUCAAGCUAUUGAAUUCCAGUGCUUUGCCUGAUCAACGUGCCCCAACAGAUGACCAGAAGUUGAUCAAGCUUUUGCAAGAGGAGCUCCGGAAUUAUGAAAAGGAAGUACAUGAAGCUAGAAGGUUAAAAUCUUCCCACACAAAUGUUGAGCUGCUGAAAGAAAAACUAUUGGAGGAGCAGGGGCGCAGGGAAAGAGCAGAGCAGGAAUCAUCAAAGCUGCAGGAAAUUGAAGCCAAAGCAUAUAAGUUGGAGCUUGAAUUAGCAUCUUGUACAGAGCUGCUCAGCAACAUACCUGAUGUGUCUUCUUAUGCCGACAUACCUCAAAAGUUUGCAGAUCUGCAAAAGCAAGCAUUGACAAAUUUGAACAAAGUUGGUGAAGUAACAUCACGGUUGAAAGAACUAGAGGUUGCGCUGGAAUUUUCUGAUCUCAGCAAGCAACAUGCAGAAGGUGAAGCUACCCUUGCUAAAGAGAGGGCUGAAAGUGCUGCCAAGGAGGUCAAGCGGCUUGAGCUUAUGCUUGCUGCGAUCAGUGAAGAAAGAGACAAGUUGAGAAAGGAACAUGCUAUGGAGUCAGAUCAAUCUGGAAUGGAAAAAAUGAUAAGAGAGCUAGAGAGCACUAUGCAUGAGCAGAAAGAACUGAUUAGUCAUAAAGACGCUGAACUCAAUAUGAUGAAUGAAAGAUUAAGCCUUGAAGCAAGGAAAGCGAAGUCUUUGGAGCGAGAGGGAGAUCAACUACGCUCUCAGGUGGCUUUACUAGAGUCCAAGUUAGGUCAUGGAGAUUACUCUGCCUCGAGCACAAAAGUACUGCGCAUGGUAAAUACUCUUGCAGUUGACAGUGAAGCCAAGCAGACAAUAGAAGCGCUACAAGCUGAACUAAAGAAAACAAAAGAGAGGCUGCAAGCAGUCGAAGAACUGAAAGGACAAGCUGAUGCUGGGACUGUGGUAGAUGCAAAUUUUGCUGAAAAGUUAGCACAACUUAAGAAUCAAAUUGCCACACUUGAAAAACGCGAAGAAAGAUACAAGGCAGUGUUUGCAGAGAGGAUCUCGGUCUUCCGGAAAGCCUGCUGUUCGCUUUUCGGUUACAAGAUAGUGAUGAACGAUCAGCAGCAGUCAAAUGGGAUCCCUGUAACACGCUUUAUUCUGCAAUCAGUUUAUGCCCAAAGUGAUGAUGAAAAGCUUGAGUUUGACUAUGAAUCUGGAAGCACUAAUAUUGUGGUCAACGACUACACGUCUCAACAAGAAAUCGCUCAGCAGGUCGACGUCUUCAUAAGGAGGAUGAACUCCAUACCAGCCUUUACUGCUAACCUGACAAUUGAAUCUUUCAACAAGAGAAGUAUAUGCUGAAGGCAUGAAUCUAGUGGCAAGUCACAUCGCUGGAUAUUUGUAUGUUUGAUUCUUCCUCCAUUGAUGAAAAGUAUAUAUGUGCACUCGCAUAUUGUUGAGUGAAAAUUGCCUGCUGCUGAGGUAGUGGGGAUCGAUAAUUGAAGCUGAGGCUGGAUCUUUGGUUA